AUGGAACGAGAUAUUUUUGGACGUCUGUUAGCAAUUGCUAUAAAUCAAAAAGUUGACAUUGAGUAUUGUCUGUCAUUUCCUCUUGCACCUGUACCUCCUGCACUAUUCCACUGUUCAGGCGACAUGAUGAAGACGGAUAAAUCAACUUUAGGUGACGUGGUCGAAUUCUCAGCCGAAAUUACCCUAAAGGAGUGCCCCAAGGACCCCAGCAAGUGGCGACAGACAUUCACGAUAUAUCCUGUGGGUGUUUCUGAGAGCCUCACUGUGGAACUUGACAUGCUCUGUGACUGUCCCUGCGAGCACCCGGGACACCAUGCCUACAAUGACAGUCCGCUAGUGUGCAGCGGUCAAGGCAUAUCUGCUUGUGGUGUCUGCGUGUGCCAUCCAGGACGUUUUGGCAAGAGCUGUGAAUGUUCAGCUCACAGCGGAGUAUCCUUGGAACAGGAGAGAGGAUGUCGUCCGACGAACGCAACGUCUGGACCACUUUGCUCCAACCGGGGAACCUGUAUCUGUGGUGUCUGCGAGUGUAAUAAGAUGGAUGAUCUGCUUAAGGUGAUAUCGGGUCCAUUCUGCGAAUGCGAUAACUUCACGUGUGAUAUGAAUCAUGGUGAGAUUUGUUCCGGUCCGUCCCAUGGCGAGUGUGUCUGUGGCAAGUGCAACUGUAAGCCAGAAUACACAGGUCCUGCCUGUCAGUGCCUAAAGGAUCAGAGCGCCUGCAUCUCACCAGAGAACGGCAAGAUUUGCAGCGGAAAUGGUAAAUGUGUGUGCGGUCAGUGUGUGUGCAGUGUGGACGACGAUCGACAUUACACCGGCAAGUUUUGUGACAACUGUCCUACCUGCCCAGGUAGAUGUGAAGACUUUAAACACUGUGUACUCUGUGAAGUCCAUAAACGAGGUCCGCUCUAUAAUCCGGAUCAACCGGGUCGGGACUGUGGCGAAUGCGCUCUUUAUCCGGAAGUUGUCGAGGGCAAGAUUGAAGCCAACGAAACAUUGAACGAGCACUUGUGCAGUUUCUACGACGACGAAGACUGUCUGUACGUAUACGUUUAUUCGUACAACGACACACGCACCGUACACAUACGCGCGCAGAAGGAACAUGAGUGUCCCAGAAAGGUGUUUAUCUUGGGCAUAGUUCUGGGUGUGAUUGCGGCGAUAGUGCUUGUGGGUCUGGCGCUCCUGAUGCUGUGGAAGAUGGUCACCACGAUACACGAUCGUAGGGAGUUCGCCAGAUUCGAGAAGGAGCGUAUGAUGGCCAAAUGGGACACUGGAGAGAAUCCAAUUUAUAAACAGGCAACAUCCACCUUCAAAAAUCCCACAUAUGCGGGAAAAUAA